AUGGCAACCAAUGGCGCUACUAAUGGUGUUUCCGACGGCCAUACCAAUGGAGUACAUCCUGACACCAAUGGAACGACCAACGGGACCACACAUAACCCACUUGUCCACGACUACCCCAAGCCUCUCAAGAUUGUCAUUGUAGGAGCCGGCUUGGGUGGACUUUCGGCUGCCAUCGCCCUCCGGCGCCAGGGACAUGAUAUCAAGAUUUAUGAACAGUCAAAAUUCGCCAAUGAGACAGGCGCCGCUGUUCAUCUGGCACCCAACUCCAAUGGCGUUCUCCGCCGCUGGGGAAUCUUUGCCGAGGAGUUUGGCGGUACGCAGAUGAACACCUUGGUAGAGUACCACAGCACUGGCGGCGUUGUCCAGGAACUAGACGUCAGUGGCACCAACCAAAUGUGGCAGCACCCGUGGCACCUGGUCCAUCGCGUCUCGCUCCAUGACAAGCUUAAGAAGGUUGCCACGAGCUCGGAGGGAUCAAACCCGGCUGCGACGCUUCAGACAGCCGCAAAGGUACUUGAAGUUGACGCUGAUGCCGGCAAGGUCAUUUUUGCCGACGGCACAACAGAGGAGGCCGACGUUGUUGUGGGUGCUGACGGCAUCUACUCGAAAACAAGGAAAGCCAUUGACGGAGGACAAUCCAAGCUUUUUGGCUCGGGAAAAGCUGCGUUCCGAUUCCUCAUAUCCAGAGAGGUUGCUCUGGCAGAUCCUAUUACCGCGCCAUUGGUCCAGAAGAAGGGAGUUCUCAGCAUGUGGUACGGCUCAGAUAGACGAAUCGUCAUGUAUCCCUGCAAUGACAACGAGACGCUCAACUUUGUCUUGAUCCACCCGGACACGGAGUCUCAUGCCACUCCUGGUGAUGAGUGGAACAAGCAGGGAACCGUUGAACAGGUUCUCAAGGUUUACCAGGACUUUGACCCUGCGGUCAAGCACCUGAUCAGCAAGGUUGAUCCAUCAGAGCUCAAAGUAUGGCAACUACUAGAUAUGGACAAGCUUCCAACUUGGACAAAGGGAAAGCUCGCUCUCAUUGGAGAUGCAGCUCAUCCUUUCACGCCGCACCAAGGACAAGGUGCUGGUCAGGCCAUGGAGGAUGCUGCAGCACUAGCAACAGUUUUGCCAGCUGGAACAGCACCUCACCAAGUUCCAGAACGCCUCAAGCUCUACGAGAAGAUCAGAUACGAAAGAGGACAUGCCAUUCAGGAGUACUCGAGACAGGCAGGCAAGGACUGGAUCAAUGGAAGGCCUCAAGUGAACAUGAUGGAGUAUACCGCUUACAACUUUGGCCACGAUGAAAAUGACAACUCUGCAAAUAUUUUCAAGAGAUGGCUCUGGUCUCAGAAGACAGACAUGUACUGGAGAAUGCCGAUAGGCUUUGGUCCCUUCCCAGGACCUCGAAUGGAUCACCUCGGACGGCCACGGACAAACCACCUUGAGCGAACGUUCAAGACGGCCUCUAUCAAGUUCAAGACAUCGCGAACAUAUCUUGAAACACUUUUGCCAACUUCUCAGUACAGUUUUGCAAGCCCUGCAACUGUGUGCACGGCAAGCAUCUCCAUUACGACGCUAGACAAUAUGUCCUGGCUAGGAGGCAAGGGUUACAACCACUGUGGUCUCUAUGUCCAUGGAGUGAAAUACACAAAGAAAGACGGCACCUCAAUUGUUGGCACGCAGCUUCCCGUGCUAUUUGAGAGUCUGACGGACCCGAUUGUAUCGGGUCGCGACGAACUGGGCAUGAACAAGAUUUUUUGUGACAUUGACAUUCAGCGCGAGGCAGGAUCUUACAAGGCGCAGUGCUCGUGGAGAGGUGCUAAAUUCCUCGACUUUGAGCUCCCCGAUCUCAAAGAGGACGACCCUGCAAGUGAGCACGGUACGAUUGGUGGCGAGGCCGACUAUGGCAUCCUCACGUACAAGUACAUUCCGGCCGUCGGCGAGCCAGGCAAGGCAGAUGUUGAGUACGCCUGUGUGGUGCCGCAUGCAGAAGAGGCAAGACUCUUCCCCGCCAAGGUCAACAAAGUUGCACGAUCUGCUUACCCGGUGCUGAUGUUUGACCGUGGAAACUGGGAUACUCUGCCGACUCUGCACCACAUCACGUCGGCUCUGGCAGAGAUCCCCAUCUACGAGAUCAUCAGCGCAAAGGUGGUGGAAGGCAAUGGUGUGCCGGAUGUGUCUGCCUGCAAGAGAAUAGAAUAA